AUGGUGGUGAUCCUGUGGUAUGACUGACUGGGUAAUGGGCUCAAACAUCCUGAAAAGCUCAGAGCAGGGGUUCUGUUUGAAAAGCAGCAGCCUACAGGAAAGUCUACAUACUAUACACACACACUAAUGCAGAUGUCUUGAGGUUGUUUAUCUAACCCUGUAACUUUCUUCCUCUUGUUUGUUCAACUUAAACAAAACAAUAUGUGACUAGAAGGAAUGGGGAAGGUUGUGACAUACAUUGCAGCUCUACUGGUGUGUUUUAUCUCUGUGAAGCAAGCUUAGCUGCUGCUGAUCUACAAAAAAACCUAUUGUAUUUGGUUAGUGUUAUUGAGGGGGAGGGGUCCGUAAGAGUAGCAUACAGAACAGAAUCAGACCAAGGCACCUGAUGUCUACCCCAUGAUAAUCACCCUCCUAGAUUCUACUAUGCUUCGUUCCUUAUUAUUCUUCAGUCCUGAACCCCCAACCACAGUUCCUGGAAUACAGUGUUACCCACUAAAUUAGCUCAUUAAAGAUUUGGCUGGCCUCACUGGCAGUGAAUGUAAUGUCAGACCUGUUGAACACAUGAUUAGCCUAUAACGCUGGCACAGGGAGAUAUACACGCAGGUAAAGGUAGUGAAGCAUGUACAGCAUGUCAAAUUUGAAUGUGCUCUCUCUCCCAUGUGUCAGUGUUGGGGCGCUAAUUGGGAAGGCUGCCUCCAUCGCUAUUGGAGAUGACAUCAUGGCAUUUUUUUAGUCUUGUCCAACAAACAAUCAGAAUGGUUUCUAACAUCACUAGAAGCACGGUUUGGAUUCACUAAGAACAUAUAAUGGCCAGUCUGUUGCCUGAAGCAUAUCCUUGUGUGACGUGUUUGCGUCAGCUCUGUGUUGUCUCCAGAGUGGCGCAGUGGUCUAAGGCACUGCAUCGCAGUGCUAGCUGUGUCACUAGAGAUCCUGGUUCGAAUCCAGGCUCUGUCGUAGCCGGCCGCGACCGGGAGACCCAUGGGGUGGCGCACAAUUGGUCCAGCGUUGUCCAGGGUAGGGGAGGGAAUGGCCAGCAGGGAUGUAGCUCAGUUGGUAGAGCAUGGUGUUUGCAACGCCAGGGUUGUGGGUUUGAUUCCCACGGGGGUUAUAAAAAAUUAUGUAUGCACUAACUGUAAGUCGCUCUGGAUAAGAGCGUCUGCUAAAUGACUAAAAUGUAAAUGUAAAUGUUGUUUACUCUGUUUGUGGCAUGUCAAAUCAAAUUGUAUUGGCCACAUGCGCCGAAUACAACAGGUGCAGACAUUACAGUGAAAUGCUUACUUACAGCCCUUAACCAACAGUGCAUUUAUUUUUAAUAAUAAAGUAAAAUAAAACAACAACAAAAAAGUGUUGAGAAAAAAAAGAGCAGAAGUAAAAUGAAAUAACAGUAGGGAGGCUGUAUAUACAGGGGGGUACCUGUGCAGAGUCAAUGUGCGGGGGCACCGGCUAGUUGAGGUAGUUGAAGUAAUAUGUACAUGUGGGUAGAGUUAAAGUGACUAUGCAUAAAUAAUUAACAGAGUAGCAGCAGCGUAAAAAGAUGGGGUGGGGGGGGGGGCAGUGCAAAUAGUCCGGGUAGCCAUGAUUAGCUGUUCAGGAGUCUUAUGGCUUGGGGGUAGAAGCUGUUGAGAAGUCUUUUGGACCUAGACUUGGCACUCCAGUACUGCUUGCCGUGCGGUAGCAGAGAGAACAGUCUAUGACUAGGGUGGCUGGAGUCUUUGACAAUUUUGAGGGCCUUCCACUGACACCGCCUGGUAUAGAGGUCCUGGAUGGCAGGAAGCUUGGCCCCAGUGAUGUACUGGGCCGUACGCUCUACCUUCUGUAGUGCCUUGCGGUCGGAGGCCAAGCAGUUGCCAUACCAGGCGGUGAUGCAACCAGUCAGGAUGCUCUCAAUGGUGCAGCUGUAGAAUUUUUUGAGGAUCUGAGGACCCAUGCCAAAUCUUUUCAGUCUCCUGAGGGGUAAUAGGCUUUGUCGUGCCCUCUUCACGACUGUCUUGGUGUGUUUGGACCAUGAUAGUUCGUUGGUGAUGUGGACACCAAGGAACUUGACGCUCUCAACCUGUUCCACUACAGCCCCGUCGAUGAGAAUGGGGGCAUGCUCAGUCCUCUUUUUUUCCCUGUAGUCCACAAUCAUCUCCUUUGUCUUGGUCACAUUGCGGGAGAGGUUGUUAUCCUGGCACCACACGGCCAGGUCUCUGACCUCCUCCCUAUAGGCUGUCUCAUCGUUGUCGGUGAUCAGGCCUACCACUGUUGUGUCGUCGGCAAACUUAAUGAUGGUGUUGGAGUCGUGCCUGGCCAUGCAGUCAUGGGUGAACAGGGAGUACAGGAGGGGACUGAGUACGCACCCCUGAGGGGCCCCCGUGUUGAGGAUCAGUGUGGCAGAUGUGUUGUUACCUACCCUUACCACCUGGGGGUGGCCCGUCAGGAAGUCCAGGAUCCAGUUGCAGAGGGAGGUGUUUAGUCCCAGGAUCCUUAGCUUAGUGAUGAGCUUUGAGGGCACUAUGGUGUUGAAUGCUGAGCUGUAGUCAAUGAAUAGCAUUCUCACUUAGGUGUUCCUCUUGUCCAGGUGGGAAUGGGCAGUGUGGAGUGCAAUAAAGAUUGCAUCAUCUGUGGAUCUGUUGGGGCAGUAUGCAAAUUGGAGUGGGUCUAGGGUUUCUGGGAUAAUGCUGUUGAUGUGAGCCAUGACCAGCCUUUCAAAGCACUCCAGCGCUACAGACGUCAGUGCUAUGGGUCGGUAGUCCUUGGGCACGGGGACUAUGGUGGUCUGCUUGAAACAUGUUGGUAUUACAGACUCAGUCAGGGACAUGUUGAAAAUGUCAGUGAAGACACUUGCCAGUUGGUCAGCACAUGCUCGGUGUACACAUCCUGGUAAUCCGUCUGGCCCUGCGGCCUUGUGAAUGUUGACCUGCUUAAAAGUCUUACUCACAUCGGCUACGGAGAGCGUGAUCACAUAGUCAUCCGGAACAGCUGGUGCUCUCAUGCAUGCUUCAGUGUUGCUUGCCUCGAAGCGAGCAUAGAAGUGGUUUAGCUCGUCUGGUAGGCUUGUGUCACUGGGAAGCUCGCGGCUGUGCUUCCCUUUGUAGUCUGUAAUAGUUUUCAAGCCCUGCCACAUCCGACGAGCGUCAGAGCCGGUGUAGUACGAUUCAAUCUUAGUCCUGUAUUGACUCUUUGCCUGUUUGAUGGUUCGUCGGAGGGCAUAGCGGGAUUUCUUAUAAGCGUCCGGGUUAGAGUCCCGCUCCUUGAAGGCGGCAGCUCUACCCUUUAGCUCAGUGCGGAUGUUUCCUUUAAUCCAUGGCUUCUGGUUGGGGUAUGUACGUACGGUCACUGUGGGGACGACAUCAUCGAUGCACUUAUUGAUGAAGCCAGUGACUGAUGUGGUGUACUCCUCAAUGCUAUCUGAAGAAUCCCGGAACAUGUUCCAGUCUGUGCUAGCAAAACAGUCCUGUAGCUUAGCAUCUGCGUCAUCUGACCACUUUUUUAUUAACCGAGUCACUGGUGCUUCCUGCUUUAGUUUUUGGUUAUAAGCAGGAAUCAGGAGGAUAGAGUUAUGGUCAGAUUUGCCAAAUGGAGGGCGAGGGAGAGCUUUGUAUGCGUCUCUGUGUGUGGAGUAAAGGUGGUCUAGAGUUUUUUUUCUCCUCUGGUUGCACAUUUAACAUGCUGGUAGAAAUUAGGUAGAACGGAUUUAAGUUUCCCUGCAUUAAAGUCCCCAGCCACUAGGAGCGCUGCCUCUGGAUGAGCGUUUUCCUGUUGAAUUAUGGCCUUAUACAGCUCAUUCAGUGCAAUCUUAAUGCCAGCAUUGGUUUGUGGUGGUAAAUAGACGGCUAUGAAAAAUAUAGAUGAAAACUCUCUUGGUAAAUAGUGUGGUCUACAGCUUAUCAUAAGAUACUCUACCUCAGGUGAGCAAAACCUCGAAACGUCCUUAGUAUUUGAUUUUGUGCACCAGCUGUUGUUUACAAAUAUACACAGACCGCCACCCCUUGUCUUUCCAGAGUCAGCCGUUCUAUCCUGCCGAUGUAGCGUAUAGCCCGCUAGCUGUAUGUUAUCCAUGUCGUCGUUCAGCCACGACUCGGUGAAACAUAAGAUAUUACAGUUUUUAAUGUCCCGUUGGUAAGAUAACCGUAAUCUUAGGUCAUCCAAUUUAUUUUCCAAUGAUUGAAGAUUGGCUAAUAGGAUUGAUGGGAGCGGCAGUUUACUCGCUCGCCGUCGGAUCCUUACAAGGCACCCCGACCUACGUCCACGAUAUCUCCGUCUCUUCCUCAUGCGAAUGACGGGGAUUUGGGCCUUGUCGGGUGUCUGUAGGAUAUCCUUUGCGGCCGCCUCGUUGAAGAAAAAUUAUUCGUCCAAUACGAGGUGAGUAAUCGCUGUCCUGAUAUCCAGAAGCUCUUUUUGGUUAUAAGAGACGAUGGCAGAAACAUUAUGUACUAAAUAAAUUACAAAUAACGCGGAAAAACACACAUAAUAGUACAAUUGGUUAGAGGGCUGUAAAACGGCAGCCAUCUUCUCCGGCGCCAUGUAUGGUGGUUGUUAUGGCAAUGUUGCAAGCAACUGACCUUUUACGUCUGACUAUUUGAUGGUUUUUUAUGCUUUUUCAACUGUGAAGCUGUCACACACACCACUGACAUUUUAAAUGAAGGUUGUUGUGAGUGAUAUAUAUAUAUAUAUUUAAUGCAGAGGUCGAUAGACACCCAAGUCACGUCUUCCAUGUCCGUAGGCCCUGCCGAAAUACACCGUAGUAAAUGACAACAAUUGAAUUUCCUUGAGCAAGAUGACAUGUUUUAAAGGUUACUUCCAAAGACGGAUUGAAAGGACAUUCAACUGGGAUAAGUUGGUAUCUAAACAAACCAGUCCCCAUCAGUGUCCACUUCCAAACUGGCCAAAAUAAGUUUUUGUUUGACUGGAAGAAUGGAAGAAGUUUUUGUUAGCCAAGUGGAAGAAUGCUACGUUACCAGGGCUACUUAUUGACUAGUACAGGCUGAUUUGGUAAGUAAGUAAUGAGAAUGAAAAUGUUCCAAUAAGAUGUCAUUCAUUUUUCUUUUUAUCAUUUAUUUAUACAGGAAAAACUUAUUUUAAGCACCAAUCGGAUAGGCUACAAUAUUUGAGCCUUCAGUAAAACUACAGUCCUGCAAUGGGGAAAGAAUAAAGAAACAGGAUAGCACGAGGGAAAUGAAAUAAAAUCAAGAGAGAGAAGAUGGAUUAAAAAGGCAGCCAAUAGUAACAUGUUUGCCAUGCAUAACAAUAUAUUUUUGUCUUCUGUAGGAGUGGAUUUCAAAAUGAAAACAUUAAAAAUAGAUGGCAUUAAAGUGCGAGUACAGAUCUGGUGAGUGAACAGAUCUUUGAGAUAACGACUCACACACCAUAAUACAGUAGUUACUGACACACCCAUCACAAAUGUCAUGUUUUCAUUCUGUAAGGUGAAAUAUGCUUUACCUCUUUAUUUGAUUGAGACAUAUUCUGAAAUGUGGUCACCAUGUAAAACUGGGGAUUGCCUCUAUGCCUUUGUCUAUCUACACUAGGGAUACUGCUGGCCAGGAAAGGUACCAGACCAUCACCAAACAGUACUACAGACGGGCACAGGUGGGUUCUCUACACACCAAUAAUCAGUGUCCAAAAAUGAAGUACAGUAGCAGAGUUAAAAACAUUUUACAACAUCAAGUGCUUAGUCCCGUGCUCAACCUUAGUCAUGUGCACACAAUCUGUCAUGACGGUCCCUUCCUUCUCUCUUGAUCGUUCACCAGGGAAUUAUCCUGGUGUAUGACAUCACUAGUUCCCGUUCCUUUCAGCACAUUGUGAAGUGGGCUAGCGAUGUGGAUGAGGUAAGGAUAAAACUGCCCUCCUCCAUUCACUUGGUUAGUCUCUUUGUCUCCCCUUCUCUGUUUCACAGGGUCUCUUUGUUUGUUACCCAGUAUUUACAUCCUCUCUUUAUUGAACUGUUGGUGCCCAGUCGUCUUUUUCACAACCCUGUCACAAUGUGUUUCAGUUUGCCCCUGACAAGGUGCAGAGGAUCCUGGUGGGGAACAAGGCUGAUGAGGAGCAGAAGAGGAAAGUGCCUAAAGAACAAGGGAACAAGGUUGGCCUUUAUCUUGCUGUUCUACUCAGUCAUAAUAGUUUUCUUUCAUACACAGUUUGACUUUUUCCAUCCUUAAUGAACUCGUGUGUUACAGCUAGCAAAAACCUAUGGAAUGGAAUUCUUUGAGACAAGUUCCUGCACCAACUGCAACAUAAAUGAGGUGAGUCAUAGGCCUUAUUGAGUCAAUACCUUGUAUGUACGCUAUGUUGGGUGAUCAUGUGAGGCAAUUGUGAUAAAAUAUUUUCUUUACAUCUUCCAGUCGUUCACCCGGUUGACAGAGCUGGUCCUGCAGGCUCACAAGAAAGAGAUGGAUGCCUUCCAGGGUUCCACUGAUAAAUACUUAGACAUGACUUAUCAGGAGGGAGAGCAGGACAACAAUGCAAACUCCCAGAAGGCCUGCGCAUGUUAGCAUGAUGGCAAAGCUCUUAACCUGGGGGUGUUUGGCUAAAAUAUUUUGUUGUUGUUGCAAUGCCCCUGGCCCUGUGACAUAAUGGCAUUGAAAUGAUGAGAAACUUAUGAAAUGUGUGAGCAUGUUCGGUGUUUACUGAAUAUUGCCCUUGCUGCUGAUCAGUUUGAUGCAUUAUAAUUUUUAGUUUUACUCACAGUUAUGCAUUGUUUUAUAGUUACUUGACUUUUUAAUGGUUAUUACCCGGCUUUGCAACACCCAAACUGAUGGCACCCUGAGUUGAGUAAUAAUAAGAUUUGCCAGCAGAUGGGCUGCUGGCUCCAAUGCUACACUGAAAGUUGCAACUGCGCCCCUGUUUGGAUCGAUAAGGUAUACUUAAGCCUACCCCUGUAUAAUUUGUUUUUCCACCAGGGGCGUCAUGCACCCCAAAAAUUUGAGGGGGCACAAAGUACAUGAGGAUGGCUGGCGGGUGGACUGGAAGAGGGCUCAUUUCUGCUUUUUUCCAAACACCUGAAACCGCUUUUUCCUGCAUCUAGAGACAUAAUCAAUAUGCUUAAUUUUACAUCAAAAAUGUGUUCAUUUUUCUGCAUAUCUAAGCAUACCUCUUGAGCUGUCUAUAUCCUCCUGACUGGUGGAUUUAUUUUUUAAGGAACAAAAAUCUGGGUAAAAGAUUUGAAAGGAAUGUGAGUCUUAUCCAAUACAUUUAGUAAUUGCUUGCUUUUCUAAAGUCUACCAACCUUGCUGGCAGCCAGGUAAGAUAGUUAGACAAGCUAGCUACUCUAACUUGAUAGAUAGUCUGAAAUGGCUCCUUAGUAGCUAGUUAUGAGGUUGGGAGAUUGGAACCUAUAUGGGGUAGCUAAAGCCAACGUCAUUAAAUUGUUAGUUGGCUAGUAGUAUUAGUAUUAAUUUUUUUAUAAACAGGACUAAUCUGAGGGAGCACGUGCCCCUGUGCCCCCUCUGGGCAAGACGCCUCUGAGUUUGUCACAAUUUUACCCUUCAUAUCACAAACGUUGCUGUCUACUUUAAAUAACUAAAAUGAUGCUUACAAAGUCAUUUGUAAAAUAGAUGAAUAGUGGGACGGACCAAAGUAAAAGAGAAUCUGAAGCUCUUGAUUGGUGCUUUAUGAGAUGAGACCAGGAUAGGGGAGACAGGGUGGGUAGAGGGCAUCGUUAAAUUAUUCACAUGCAGAAAUAGAAUCCAAGCUAGCAAGAAGGGCUCAUUUACCUGUGGAAGACUAACCCAUACUCAAACAUGCAUGAAGCCAAAACUCGAUCUAAAACAGAAAUGAUGUUCAACACUAUUUUGAGUAACUUGUAUGUUUUGUGAAUUUAGAAGUUGUCAUUACCAAUUCUAGGUAUUUUUACAGGUUUAAAAGCUGUAGCAAAUGCCACACUGGUGCAUACACAAACACUACUAUAAAGGGAUGAUACGGUGCAACCGAUAGCUGACUGGAUUGAUGUUUUUGAGUAGCUGUGCUAUAACAUAAAAUAUGAAUAUAUGUAUUUUUUAUUAAAUAAAAAAAGGUAAUCUUGUUGGCUAUUUGGUAAAUGUUUUGAUACUGUGGAAUACAUUUU